CAAUAAAUGGCAAUUUGGAGAAAAGGAUUAUCGAUGUGAUUAAUAAUCAUAAAAACCAAAAUGAGGACAAAGGAUUGAUUUCCAAAAGACUAAGUGCAAAGAAACUACAGGAUGUAUACAUGGCUUUACAAAGAUUCUCUUUUAAGACUGAGCACAUUGAAGAAGCAAUGAAAAAUACGCUUCUUUAUGGGGGUGAUCUCCACUCUGCGCUUGACUGGCUUUGUUUAAACCUUCCCAAUGACGCCUUGCCUGAAGGUUUUAGCCAGCAAUUUGAAGAACAGCAGCAGAAACCUAGAGCAAAGUUUUGUUCUGCUGUGUCACAGUGUGGUAUGCCACCUCACUUAGAAGAUAACAAAAAGAAAGAAAAUGGCCCUGGAACUAAGGAAAUGAAUGUGAGGAAAGAGAAAGAAUUGACUAUGAAGGAAUGGAUUUUGCGAUACGCUGAGCAACAGAGUGAUGAAGAGAAGGACGAGCCUGUCAAAGAGACAGAUGAAGAAAAAUUUGACCCAAAUGAGAGGUAUAUGCAUCUGUCUGCCAAGCUUUCAGAAGCAAAAGAGCAAGCAAGCAUCUCCAAGCAAGACAAAGACAAGCAAGGCCAGAAGGCAGCGCAAGAAAAAAUAAGAAGAAUUCAACAAGAAAUGGCAGCACUUGAGGAACAUCCAGUAUUUAAUCCAGCUAUAAAGAUUUCAAACCAACAGCAAAAUGAAAAGAAAAAAACUCCCUCACCUCAACCUCAAGAAACCACUUUGAACUUGAGUUUGCUUGAAAAACCUGAUGCAAAGGAAGACAAAGGUGCUGCAAAGGAAGACAAAGGUGUGUUGGGAGCCGCGCGCAGGCGGGAGGAGCGGAAAAAGAACCGGAAGCGGCCUCAGGAGCCCUCAGGGGAGCAGGGGGAGGAGCCAGCGGGGCCCCUGCAGAAGACGCCAAUCAUCCUGGCCAAGCCCCCGGCCGAGCGGGUGAGCCUGGGGGGCGUGGCCACCAACCAAGGGGGCGUGGCCACCAACCAAGGGGGCGUGGCCACCAACCAAGGGGGCCAGCCGCCUCCGUCCGCCCCCAAGGCGGGGCCAGCGCAAGCCCCGCCCCCUCCUGCGCCGGCCCCGCCCAUCGUGCUGAUGAAAGCACGCGGGGAGGAGGGGCGGGGAGGGGGCGGGGCCUCGGUGGCAGCGGGGGAGGGGCCGGCGCAGGCCCCGCCCACCGAGAGGGAGGGGCCACGCCCCACCCAGCCUGUCUAUCAACUGCACAGCCGCGGAUUGGCUCCGCCCGCUGCGCUGGACCUGGGCGUGUCCCCCCCGGCCCCGCCCCCAGCGGCGCAGGCGCAGGCGCGGCUGGCGGCGCCCGAGAAGAUGAAGAGCAGCAUCAAACUGGUGGACGAGCAGAUGAACUGGUGCGACAGCGCCCUCGAGUUCCUGCUGGAGCAGACGGACGUGCUGGUGGUGGGAGCGCUGGGGCUGCAGGGCACCGGGAAAUCCACGGUGAUGUCACUGCUGGCCGGGAACCAGCCCGAGGAGGACCCACG